AUGAACUUCAUUCGCUCCAAGCGCGCGAAAUCACACUACCCUAUCGAAGAUGACCGGCCGGCGAAACGCAUCUCGACACCUGCUGGUCAGCGUCUCUCCAUAGUCCUCGAGGCCAAACGGGGCAAGUCACCUUCGGCCGCAGGAGCAGCCAAGAUCAGCGUUACCACCGAAAGUACAUUCUGCAACGACCCUUCGCAUCAGCAUGUUGGACCAGUACAACAUGGACAUGCGCACAGGAGCGAGAAGAAGGGCGGCCUCAUAUCAGUCUUGACGGGCGGCAGACUGAACACGCCAAGGGAGAGCAGCGAGGACGGCCCACACAACGGAAGCAAUCUUAGUGUUAGCGUGUGGAGCGAUAGAGAUGAAGAGAAGUUUGGGCAUGUCCGACAACAAAGACAACGAAGAGGGUUUGGUGCCUGGGGAUGGAAGAGGAUUGCUGUCGUCGCCGCUAUCAUCAUUGCGUUGAUCGUGGCGCUGGGCGUUGGGCUGGCGAUGGGGCUGAAGAAGGACUCGAAGAGCAGCUCGCCCGCAGCUUCGACAGGUGGCUCGACGCCCGCAGGCAGCAAUAGCAAACCCGACUCCGACUCCGACUCUCCCACCGCAACUGACGCUCCUUCAACUCCGUCCUCCACGUCCACCCCCUCCGCUGUCCCUUCGAACUUCCCCGUCGGCACUUGGUCGCUCGUUCUGUUCCUCGAUACUGUCACAACCGGUUGUACCUCAGACCCCGAUACCUGGACAUGCCCGCCAAACACAAACUACUACGAUGACCCACAAAAGGCUCUCACAAUACUCAACUGGGACAUUAGCGGAUCAUCAGGGUCCUACAAGAUAUCAUCCGGUGCACAGGACGACACGUUCGACACAACCUUCCAGAAUGAGGACCUUGAGUUGCUAGAUUCAGGGAAGGACACGGAGCGAUACCGCUUCCAAAUCUCCCGGUCGAAGACUGUUAACGUGACUGGAACCCUUGGGAAUAAGAGGGGUGACUUUGAGUGCGACUACGGCGCGACGAACAUGCAGGGAUAUCUGUAUACCAAGAUGCAGCAGACGUACCCAGAUGACACGAUCGCUGUGGGAAAGGUCGCCAACAACGCGUGGCCAUAUGCUGUACGCAUUGAACAAGCCGUAGCAGGCGGGCAAGGAAUACCAGCUUGCACGAGUUCAUCUGGCGACGACGUCCAGCUCAAGGCUCAAGAUGCGAGCACAUUAUGUUCCUGUCUCUACAAGAACUGGACACCUCAACCAAACAUUAUUUCCCCACUGCCAUCUCUACAUAUUUCGCCCACCGUGAAGCUGGAUUCCUACGAGCAACCGCCACCCCUCUCCCACUCGCCGCGUGAAUCCACCGCAGCGAGUACCCCCAUCAGCACUCCUGUCGAACAGCCAUCGUCGCCGCAUUUUGGCCGUGGUAAGAAGGACCCGAGUGCCGGUCUCUACAACCUCUGGCACCGCAAGCCCCAAGAGCUUGUGGCCAGCCACCAGCCCAGCGAGGACGUCCUUUUCGAAGACGCGGGCGACUGCAGCUUCCCUCUUUUCCCCGAGGAGCCCCAAAUUCACAACGGCUUCGGCGACAUGGCUACCGCCUCGCCCAUCGACAUCCAGACGCCCCCGCGCUAUGGCUCCAACUCUCCGCAAAACCAGACGUCCAAUCUGACCUCGGCCCUGAGGCAGGCAGAGGCACAGCCUGACAUGUCUACUACCCCAGGCCUGCUGAACCCAAAUAACUUUGAGUUCAACAAUGGCCGCCCAAGCAUGGGCGAGCGCCACCCCUCCAUCAGCAUGCUCGGCUCUUCUUUCUAUGGCAACAGCGGCGCCCGCCCCAUCACCAUGAAGGACCGUGGGCGGCGCGAAAGCACCAACAUGGGCAGCUUUGCAGGUGGCAUGAGCUGGGGCGGCCACUCUGUCGGGUCCUGGAUCCGCGACGACAUCAUGAUGGGCACCUCGCCCGCACCUUUUGUUCAAGGCUCGCCCUCUUUCCACUCGUCGUCGUAUCUUCCCAAGAUGGAAGCCGCCUUCAUGAAGGAUUUCACAUGCUGCGGACUCACCCUCGCCUCGCUGCACGACCUCCUCCAGCACUUUGAGGAGACGCAUGCAAACGCACCGGCUGCCCGCCCGCAACAGCAACAACCCCAGAAUGGUUUUACAGCCACAUCAGGCGCCCCAACCAGCUCCAUCGCGCCAAGCCAGACCCAAGGCGAUACCUAUAACACGCAGACCGGCUUCCAGUCACGGUCAGGCUCCAUCGGUGCGCCCCGCCAGCGCAUCGGCUCUGUCAGCCGCUCCAACUUGUCGACCGUGCAGGACAUGGACACUCUGGACGAUAUGGAGAUGGACGACAUCAACUUUGACAACCUCGGUCCUAUCGACGAGCAGCAGAACAUGCAGCAAUUCCCAGUUCAGAACCAGUUCAACCAGAACCAAACGCAGCAGCCACAGCUCAACGUCAAUGUCAACCUCGCAAACAACAUGCAAAACCACCAGGGCAUGCGCACAUCCACACCUACCACACCGUCCGCCUCGCAGCAAUUCAACCUCCAAAACAACCCUACCGUCUCGUCGGUCAACACACCCACAAUGGGCACCAUGCCUAUGCAAAAUCACAACUUGACAUCGCCUGAAUCCUCACACCCGGGUACUCCGGCCGAGCUCGAUAUGGACUUUGGCGGGUUCAACCCAAUGAUGGGCAUGGACAUGAACAUGAACAUGGGCAUGAACUUUGGCAACGGCAACGGCAACUUCGGUAUGGGCGCAUUCGACAACAACGGCACCAUCGACCAGCCCGGCAAGCGUCUCUUCAGCAAGCAAGGUGGCGGUCUUAACCAGGCUCAGUUACAAGCAGCGCUCAAGAGCUACCAGCUCAGCGGAAACGAUCAGAGCGAGAUGGCCAGGAGAUUACGAGAGCAGCAGCUCAUCAACGGCGCGAGCAUCCCCCAAUUCCCCUUCCCAGAAGAGGUCAAGCCAUUCCGAUGCCCAGUCAUUGGCUGCGAAAAGGCAUACAAGAACCAGAACGGUCUCAAGUACCACAAGCAGCAUGGCCACCAAAAUCAGCAACUCAAGGAGAACGACGAUGGCACCUUCUCGAUCGUGGACCCUCUAACGUCCAUUCCCUAUCCCGGUACUGUCGGCAUGGAGAAGGAGAAGCCAUACCGCUGCGAAGUAUGUGGCAAGCGAUAUAAGAACCUCAACGGUCUCAAAUACCACCGCUCCCACGCCCCCCACUGCAAUCCUGAGUUGGCGAUGCAGAAGCUUGGCCUCACCUCCAACCUGCAAAACCUCCAGAAUGCAAACGUCGCAGGUGCUGGAAUGGGCGGCAUCGACCCCUCCAUGUUCUAA